AUGCCGAAAAGCAAAACGAAACAACACAAGCACAAAGGCAAUCACGGCCACAAGUACCUGCACAAACAGAAACUCCGAGCGACGUUUUUAUCCACGCACGUGGACGUUUUAUACGACGAGUAUCACGAACCGGAGAAACCUGGGACGGUGAACCGAACCGAGUUAAACGAGGACGUGCCGGGGAUGGGGAAGUUUUAUUGCAAAGUGACCGGGAGGCACUUCGAAAGCGCGUUGGCGUUGAAGAAUCACACCAAGACGAAAAGGUUUAAGAAAUUGAAGAAACAAAUCGCGAACGGACCGAAGCCGCAUAAUCAGAGAGACGCGGAGGCGGCGGCGGGGAUGGCACCACCGACGAAUUCGUGA